GCGACCUGCUGGCAUUGUGGCAUUGUAGGCCACACGAUUCGGUUCUGCCAGCAAAGGCGGGAUGAUGAGCUUGCGGGCCUGAUUUCCUCUUGUAUGGAUGGAGAUAUAUACGACAAGUGGGGGGAACACAUUGACCCCAAAACUCCGGGAGGGAUCAGUCAGGAGACCCUUAGGCGGGCGGCGGCAGGGCCAUCAGCCGCCCCGGCCAUGUUUAGAAUGUGGCAGGAGAGAGAAGACCCGACCAUAAGAAUUGAAGAGACCACGGGGGAUAGUGAGGAGGUUACGCAACGACUAAAGGCCGGGGCCAUAAGGGAAGAGCCGAUAAUUGUUGAGUCAGAUGACGAGGGGAGAGAGAACGAAGGGGAGCCGACCGUAACCACCCUGGAAAAGAUGGAGGAUUUGGUAGAGAAAAUGAGAAGAUACCAGCGAAGACUGAAAGAGCUAUGUAAUGAAGUCCAAGGGUGGAGAGACGACCUCCCAAAGGUCUUCCUCUAUGAGACUGGGCCGGGGCCGACGGCUGGACAACAGAGUAGUCCCGGGGUUGCCGUGCCAGAGACUGGCCCCAGGUCAGGAAUGAUGUUCAGACCGCCCACCCCACAUGGGCGGGCGCCGCAAGCAACUCAAACCAGGAGCCAAAGUAAGGCGGGCCCUAGUCAGCCACCAAGCCAAGCGCCAAGUCAGGCACCUCCACGGAAGAGACCUGAGCCUGAGCGUAGGAAGGAGGUGGUCGAGGUCCAGGAAGACGAGGAAGAGGAAGACGACACGAAAGAUGAGAGGCUUCGUCAGGAGGAGGACCAGCGGACGGAGCAAAGAGCCCAGCGGAAGGAGGCUCAAAAGAGAGCUGAGCCAGGCCUACAGGAAGGCGUGCCCAGGAAGAGAAAGUACACCGUCAGGUUGGAGGAGGACUUUAAUGUGGAAAGGAUGGUGGACCGACUCCUUGAAGGUCAUAACGACCUUAUGAACUUAAAAGACAUUCUGGCGUCCGCACCAAGACUCCGGGAAGAGUUGAAAGAGCGAUUGUCUCGAAGGCUAGUGCCCAACGUGCAUUUGAGUGAUGUCCUGCCCAGGGAAGUGGGAUGGACACAAGCUGGAACAAGAAUGGACUGGAAGUGUGCGGCAUGCGGAUUGGUGGAUUUGGUGGUAAACGAGAAGAAGUGUGUGGCGAUGAUGGAUACGGGCGCUGAAAUGAAUAUCAUUAGGGAACGAGAUGCGCUCAUGCUUGGGAUGGAGAUCGACCGUGUAUACCACGGCUUGCUGCACGGGGCCAACUGCAAAGCAGUUUUUUGCGGCACCAUGUCGAAUGUGAUCAUAGAGAUUGGCAAGGUGCGAGCGAGGACGUGUUUUUUUAUCAUGCCGGACGUGGACCACCCUAUUCUUCUGGGCAAGUCGUUCAUGUGCAGGACGGAGACCCUAAUCUUCAAUAAGCACGAUGGGACGAUGAUAUUACUUUUGAGCGACCCAGCCUGUGGGAACUAUGAGGUUGUCACCUGCCAGAACACGGGGCCAGGAAGCGAGCGGAAUAGGCCUAAUCCCGGCUCGUUCACUUAUGUGGAAUCGGAGAACGAGCGGCGGAGGCUCGCGGAGGAGUUCGAGGAGGAAGGUGGGGCGGAGGUACUGUCACUAAGCCUUACGGACGUAAGCAAGGCUAUGAAGAUUGUGGCAGCACAUGAGAUGGCGGAUCCGGAGGCCAUCAAGGCCUUGCGAGAGCAUGUGUUGGAGUGCGCACAGGCGGGGGAGGUGGAGCUUAUCUAUCGCCUUCCAGCAGGGAGAAAAGGGUCUGCGAUGGGACAGACGCAAACGACAAACCGGCCUUUUUUAGGGGACGGCUUAAGCAGGGCGCCCAAAGGCGGGACACAUGGCUUGGUGGAAAAGGUGAGGAUAAUAGAGGAAGGGCCUACCCAGAUAGAGGAGCAUGAGCAGCUGAUGGGAGGGAUGUACCUGCUCACUAAUACGCUCCUGCAAGGAGACUUCGACCGGAGAGGCUCGUUUAGUCAUGAGGAGAAUGAAAUCCUGAUUCCGGAAAGCCAGGAUGACGAGUUCGAAGAAGGAGAGAUUAAGGAGGUAUUCCGGGCAGAGGAAUACGAAGGGAUCUAUCUUGAGCUAGGCCUACUUCUAUCCUGUGAGAUGAGGGACAGGGAUGCUAGCGACAAGGCGCAGAAGAUGAGGCACCUCUACGUGGUGAGAGAUGGACAUCUGUUUAUAAAGCGGCAAGUUGGGAACCCCAAGCGGAUUGUGUGUGAGAGGAACCGACAGUUAGACAUCAUAGCAGCAUUACAUGAUGGUAUAGUAGGAGGGCACAGAGGGAUAAGUGCCACAUGCACGAAGAUAAGUGAGCUAUACCACUGGGAUGGAAUGUUGACCAUGGUCAUCAAAUACUGCCAAGCUUGUGUCCCGUGUCAAGAGAGGUCAGCGCAAAGGCUAGGAGAGCCCCUGCACCCAAGGCUGGAAAGGGAGGUGGGUGCGGUUGUACACCUGGACCUAUUGUUUAUGCCAGUUGGGGAAAAUAGGUGCAAUUAUAUCUUCGAUGCUCGGGAUAACCUCACUGGGUUUGUGGAUGGUCGGGCUAUCCGAACGAAGACUGGGCCAGUUUUGGCAAACUGCAUCGAGGAGUAUGACCUGCGCUAUCCUUUCGUCAAGGAAUUCGUGAUGGAUCGGGGAUCAAAAUUUACCUGCAAUGAGGUGCGGACCCUGCUUGCUGGGUAUGGGGUAGUGACCAACUAUACUACGGCCGCGCACCCUCAAGCAAAUGCUCCUGUGGAGAGGGGGCACAGUACCAUCACGAAUCUCUUGGUUAAAUGGACGGAGGGCAAGCCUGGUCAGUGGCCGAAAUUCCUGCGAGGGGCUUUUUUCGUGGAGAAUAUUACUGUGAAGAGGAUUACCAAGUAUGCGUCAGCCACGCUAUGGUAUGGGAGGCACGCCACCUUUCCUAUCGAAAGCUUUAUGAAGACGUGGAGGCGCUAGGACUUGGAAGUAAACCUGUCCUUUGAAG